ACUGGAAAGGACCGCAUUCAGUUGUGGGAUUUUCAGCUCAGGGAGAAAGAUGCCAGGUGCCAUUUGGCUGUUUUGUGCGUCGGUUAUUUUGGGCAUUUGUACUAGUCAAGAUGUUACCAGCGAAGCCAGAGAUUUCCUACAACGGUUCGAUGCGUUAGCUGAACCUCUGUAUCAUGAAUCUGCACUGGCACAGUGGGAGUAUAAUACCAACAUCACAGAUGAGAAUGCUGAAAAAAUGAAUCAAGCAAGUGCCAAGUGGUCUGCAUUUUACAAGGAAGCAAGUGACAAUUCAUCAAGAUAUCCACUUGAUCAAGUGACUGAUCCUGACGUCAAACUGCAGCUCAUUUUCCUUGGUGGAAAGGGAUCUGCAGUAUUACCAUCUGACAAAUACACACGCCUGAAUCAAAUUUUAAAUGAAAUGAGUACAAUCUACAGUACAGAAACCGUAUGUAAACCGGAUGGAUCGAACGAGUGUUUGCCAUUUGAGCCAGGGCUGGAUCGGAUAAUGCUCGAAAGUACUAAUUAUCAUGAAAGGUUGUGGGCCUGGGAAGGCUGGAGAGCAGAAGCCGGCAGGAAAAUGAGACCCCUUUAUGAAGAAUAUGUAGAACUGGAAAAUGAAGCUGCACGUCUUAAUGGAUACGAGGACUAUGGAGAUUACUGGAGAGGAAACUAUGAAACUCUGGAUACUGGUAAAUAUGCCUACAGUCGGGAUGACCUAAUAGUAGACGUGGAAAGAACAUUUCAAGAGAUACUCCCACUUUAUAAAGAACUCCAUGCAUAUGUGAGAGCACAUUUACAAAAAACAUACGGUGCUGAAUAUAUAAACUCCUCUGGGGGCCUUCCUGCUCAUUUAUUAGGUGAUAUGUGGGGUAGAUUUUGGACUAAUUUAUACCCUCUAGCAGUUCCUUACCCAGACAAAGAAAGUAUUGAUGUUACUCCUACUAUGGUGUCUCAGGGAUGGACAGUGAACAGAAUGUUUAGGGAAGCUGAAAAGUUUUUCGAGUCAGUUGGACUCUUCACUCUGUAUGAAAACUUCUGGACAAACUCUAUGCUCGAAGAGCCCAACGAUGGAAGAAAAGUGGUGUGCCACCCUACAGCCUGGGAUUUGGGGAAUGAUGAUUUCAGGAUCAAGAUGUGCACAAGGGUAAAUAUGGAAGACUUUCUAACCGUGCACCAUGAAUUGGGACACAUUCAGUAUGAUAUGGCGUAUUCAAAUUUGUCAAUGCUGUUACGAGAUGGUGCAAAUGAAGGGUUUCAUGAAGCAGUGGGUGAAAUCAUGUCGCUUUCAGCUGCUACGCCAAAGCAUUUAAAGGCUCUAAAUCUGUUACCUGACUCAUAUGUGGAUGACACAGAAACAGAAAUCAACUUUUUGCUAAGGCAAGCUCUCACAAUAGUUGGCACUAUGCCCUUCACGUACAUGCUGGAGCAGUGGAGAUGGAAGGUCUUCAAAGGCGAAAUACCAAGAGAGGAGUGGAUGAAGGAAUGGUGGAGAAUGAAACGGGAGUUGGUAGGUGUGGUGGAACCUGUUCCUCAUGAUGAGACAUAUUGUGACCCUGCAGCUCUGUUUCAUGUGGCCAACGAUUAUUCCUUUAUAAGAUAUUACACAAGGACAAUAUAUCAGUUCCAGUUCCAAGAUGCGCUCUGUAAAGCUGCCAAUCACGUUGGACCUCUUCAUUCAUGUGACAUCACUAAUUCUACUGAAGCUGGUAGAAAGCUCCGUGCUAUGCUUGAACUUGGAAACUCUAAACCCUGGCCUGAAGCACUGGAGAGCAUUACUGGGGGAAUAAAGAUGGAUGCCCAGCCUCUGCUUAACUACUUUGCUACAUUAUAUGACUGGUUGGUGGAAGAAAACAGGAAAAAUAGAAGAAUAGUUGGCUGGGACACAGAUUGGGAUCCAUACACUGAUAAUUUAAUCAAAGUGAGAAUAAGUCUAAUAGCUGGCCUUGGAGAUGAUGCGUACACAUGGGAUAAAAGUGAAAAAUACUUGUUCCAGGCAUCUGUCGCAUAUGCCAUGUCCAAAUAUUUUGCUGUAGAAGAAAAUAGGGAUCUUGAUUUUAGAACCAGCAAUGUACAUAUCAGCAACGAGACCCCAAGAAUCUCAUUCAAGUUCUACGUUUCAAUGCCAGGGACGAGUGGAAUUGAAAUAGUGCCCAAAAUGAAAGUUGUGGAUGCCAUUCGAAUGUCAAAAGGAAGAAUCAACAGUGCCUUCAUGCUGGACGAUUACAGUUUGGAAUUUUUGGACAUUCCUCCCACGUUAGCAUCUCCGUCCCAACAAUCAUUCGAAGUGUGGCUGGUGGUCUUCGGAGUAGUGGCAGCAAUUAUUGUUACUGCUUUGGUUGUCCUGAUUGUGCUUGGGCAAAGAGAUAAGAAAAAAUUACGGAAAGCCACACGAGACAAUGAAGCGGGAGCAAUUAACCUAGCAGAUAAUGAAACAUCAUCUAAGUAUAGUUCUGAUGGAGAAAAAAAUGACGCAUAUGAGGAGGAAGACAAGCUGCCACAGACCGCACUUUAACAAUCCCCGAUAUAAUUCAUUAAAACUUUUUUUCUUUGUGCUGCUUGUGGUUUUAUUGUGUCAGGAUUCUCCAAAAGGUGCCUGUACCUCAUUUCAUGAAAUCCUGAGAGUAACACAUUGUCAAGGACUGUUUCUCGUGAAAUGUAAUAAAAUACAUCAACAAAUAGCUAAUGCUGUCUAAACACGUACUAUUAACAUUCGACGUAGUAUGCUUGUUAAUCUGAUUUGUAUAUACAGCCAAGGAGAACUCUUCACUAUUUUUUUUAUUCAUAGUAUCAGAUUAAAAAUACAUUUUAAAACAUAUUGGGCAGUUUCUUUUUUUAAUACAAUUCUAGGUUUUGCAAAAUAUAAUGUUUCAGGCUGCUGCAUAAUUAGCCAUUUGUAUGUGUUCUGGCUCUGUUACCUUGACCCAAUCUAUAAGACACAAGCAGGACUUCACAAGCACUGGCAUAACGAAUAAAGAAAAGGAAAAAGCAAAAGGAAAUAAAACCAAGGCUUGGUCAAUUGAUACAAGAAAAUGUGAAAUUAUCCAGUGCCUAUACCAUACACCAGCAGCACCAAAUAUCUGUAUGUUUCCCUCAAUCACACAAAAUAAUAAUUAUAGAAUAAAAUAUUUUUUUAAUAUUGUGCCCUUUAAUUAUAUAUCUGAUAUGGAUAGAAAUACAAUCUUUAGACUUUAUCCCUUUGUUGUAAGAUUUUCCAAAAAUAUAAUAAAUGAGGGGAAAAAAAAUUGUGUAGUAAAAAAAAAAAAAGCUUUUAUACAUCUGGAAGUGUGGAGAGGAGAUGGAAGUGAUUGAUUUGAAGUGACUAUAGCACGUCAACUAAAAUAUGAGUGCAUAAUUAAAACAACAAAAGGGUCCAUAAAGAAGGUAAACAUUUUUUCACUUGUUGGACGCCAUAUAUAGCAACUCUAGAUAGAACUAUCUGGUUAUCUUUAUUUAAUACCUUCAGAACCACAUACUGGUACUGUCUACAGGUACUUAAAGGUAUACAUCCAAUAAGCAGUUUUUUAUCUGUAUAACUUCUGGGCUGGGGGUUCUGGAGCGGCCUGGGGGGUCCUGACAAUGGAGACUCCUGUUGACUUGUCUUAACUAUGCUAAUGUUGGUUUGUAAUUCCUUGGACCCUGAGGUCUAUAUCAAUAAGUAAUUUUUUAUAUCCAAUUGUACUACCACCUAUGUAAACUCUUAUCCUUAUAUCUGUUCAUCCACCUUGGAUGUGGAUCACUGAUGUAGCAUUGUAUGAAUACUAUUUAACCAUGUGGCUAUGUCUCCUUCCAAUAAAAAAACUAUGAAAAAAAAAUACAAAA